GCUCGCUGCGGGGAGGUCGCGCGCUGUCUGCAUCAGCUCUCCCUCUCCUCUCAACCCCUACGGCUCUGGCUGAAGCGUCUGCUUGUGGCCGGAUUCCCAGACCCCGCUAAACAUUUACCAUUUUGGAGUUUAAAGUAUGUCAUCAUGGCAAAGUUUCGAAGAAGGACUUGCAUCAUUUUGUCACUUUUUAUUCUAUUUAUUUUCUCCCUGAUGAUGGGUUUAAAAAUGCUGAGACCAAAUAAAGCUACUUUUGGAGAUCCUUUUGGACUUGAACUUCUUCCAGUACUUCAUCAACAAACUCGCUUAGGGAAAGACUUUGAUUCCCAAAACAAUGACAAAAUCAACAGUGAAACAAAUAACAAGAAUUUAAAAAGUGUUGAAAUCACUAUGAAGCCUUCCAAAGCCUCUGAACCUUACCUGGAAGAGCUGCAACCUCUGAAUUAUUAUUUACAUGUAUUUUAUUACAGUUGGUAUGGAAAUCCACAAUUUGAUGGUAAAUAUAUACAUUGGAACCAUCCAAUCCUGAAGCAUUGGGACCCUAGACUAACCAAGAAUUAUCCACAAGGGAAACACAGUCCCCCGGAUGACAUUGGCUCCAGCUUUUACCCUGAGUUGGGAAUUUACAGCUCUCGGGAUCCUUCUGUCAUUGAAACUCACAUGAAACAAAUGUACUCAGCUUCAAUUGGUGUACUAGCCCUAUCUUGGUACCCACCUGGUACAAAUGAUGAGAAUGGAGAAAAUACUGAUGACUUGGUACCGACUAUUUUGGAUAAAGCUCAUAAAUAUAAUCUGAAGGUCACUUUUCACAUCGAACCAUAUAGCAAUCGAGACGAUCAAAACAUGUACAAAAAUGUCAAAUAUAUUAUAGACAAGUAUGGAAAUCAUCCGGCCUUUUAUAGGUACAAGACUAAGACCGGCAAUGCUCUUCCUAUGUUUUAUAUCUAUGAUUCCUAUAUCACAAAGCCUGAAAAAUGGGCCAAUUUGUUAACCACCACAGGGUCUCAGAGCAUCCGCAAUUCUCCUUAUGAUGCACUGUUUAUUGCACUUCUAGUAGAAAGCAAACAUAGAUAUGAUAUUCUUCAAGGUGGUUUUGAUGGAAUUUACACAUAUUUUGCCACAAAUGGCUUUACUUAUGGCUCAUCAUAUGAGAAUUGGGUGAGGCUAAAAUUUUUUUGUGACCAGUUCAACCUACUGUUUAUCCCAAGUGUGGGCCCGGGAUAUAUAGAUACCAGCAUCCGCCCAUGGAACGCUCAAAACACUCGAAACCGAAUCAGCGGGAAGUACUAUGAAACUGCUCUGGGUGCUGCACUCCAUGCCCACCCCAGUGUGAUUUCUAUCACCUCUUUCAAUGAGUGGCAUGAAGGAACUCAGAUUGAAAAAGCUAUUCCCAAAAGAACCAGUAAUACAGUGUACCUGGAUUACCGGCCUCAUAAACCAAGUCUUUAUCUAGAACUAACUCGCAAGUGGUCUGAAAAAUACGGUAAGGAAAGAGCAACUUAUGCAUUAGAUCAGAAGCUGCCUGUUUCUUAAUGCAUUAAUAAUUAUAGAAAUCACCUAGUACCUUUUAAGUAUAUACUGAUUGGCAGUUAUCCCCAUAAUAAAAAGAAUUUGUAUUUUUUUAAAAAAUGGUAAUAUCAUCAUUGCCAUCCUUCACAAUGCUGCACUGAAAAAAUAUCAGAGAGAAAAAUUGUGCAAAUUACAUUCCCUGUGGCAUAUGCUGAAUUUCUGACUGAAAUUGAAAUUCUACUUUGCUACUAAUUUUUAUUUCACACAAAAAUGUUUGUGUUACAUGGGUUAGUGCACAGUUAAAUCCUUCUUGUAUUCUGGGCUCAAAGAAAUAGUGUAUAUUUAAUAUGUCUAGUGAAGAAAAUAAGACCUAGAAGAUAGCGUACAUGUUUCAGUCAUCCAGAGUCUGUUCACUAAUAGUCUCCAAUAAAAAAUUCUUAAGGAAAAUAAAAUCUUAACUUAAGCCUUACUGUGAAUCACAUUGUGUUAGGAAGGCCUGCUUUCUACAGCACAAUAUGCAUCAUCCUUUGAGGAUUUUUUGAUUUCUUAUAGCAUGUUAGGUGUUUUGCAUGUCUAAUGUAUCUGCUUUACAAUGCUGAAUUCCAGAUUUUAGAAGCUGUGGAACGUUCUUUCAUGCUUCUCUAUUAAGAAAACAUAGUUGGUUCACAAUUACGAAGAUAGAAUGUCCAAAAUACCACUUUUUGGAUAACCUGUCAAUUUUUAACUUGUUAUUCUAUUCAUGUUUUUAAAAUUUAAUGUUAAUCAGAGACCAACUGUUAGUAUCAACCUUUUUCUUUCUUACCUAUCAUGGGAUUUCCUUCUUAAUAUUUUAAGCUAUUUUUACCAAAAUAGAAUUUACUUAGCAUGUUAGGAACAUAGAAAUGAAAAUUCUUUUAUAUCUUAAACUUACAAGUCAAAUGAAUUUAACACUUAAUGAUGGCAAUAAUCUCGUUUAAAAGACAAUAUAUCCCCAUGUAAAAACAUUAUACUUUCAUGGUAUCUAUUAGAUUCAGUACUUGUGAUCAGUUGUCAUAUUGUGACAAAUUAAUCCACCUGUAUGCUAAUAGAGUAUAUGUUAUCCUUCAGUUCUUAUAGUUAACUAGAACUAUAAAAUGUAUAUAUGCUAUUACAAGAUUAUCAUUUCUUAGAUAUUUCAUUUACUAAAGAGAAGCAAUACUAAACAAUAAUACAUAUAAAUCUUCAGGUUUUAGAGAUAUUCAGAAACAAAGCAACCGUAGAAUUUAUCAUAACAUAGCCCAUCAGGUGAUGAAAUUUAUUUUAGCCAGUGAUUUUGAAGUAAAAAUCUUUUCUUUGAAAAGAGGCAUGAUUAAUGUUAAACUUAUUUAUAACUUAAAAAUUUGCCAUUUCUCAGAGAAUGAUCAGUCCUUGAGAAAUUAGAACAAUAGUAGUAAACUACUUUCUAGAGGAAGUUAUGAGACUAAAUCACUAUAACGAUAUAACCAAGCCUCUUCAUAGGAACAUUCAUACAGAUAUGACCUGUGGAUUUUUUUUUUCUUAUAUCCAGUUGGCCACUCUGUGUUAUCAUAGGCAUGACACAUUUAUAGAGUUUAUUCCUAAUAAUCACUUUUACCAUAUUUUAUUAAAUUUAGAGAAAUUACUACUACAGAGGAGUUCUUGUCAUUGCUUAUACUGUAUAUUUGAACCUACCAUGACAGAAAAAGUUCUGAGAUUAAGAGAAUAAAAACAAGGUCAACAAAUACUCAAUGCGAGUACUACCACUUUUUAUCUUGCUCCCACUGCAGACCUAGAUAAUCUACUACAGCACUCUUGACCUCUGAACUUUGUUGUGGUUCCUAACACAUUACUCCAACCAGCCAGUUAUGACCAGAUUUCAAAGUAAGAUAAAACAGAUUUGUUCUCAAGGGAAGAAUGUUUGGAAUCUGAUCUCAUAAUGGUUUAAGGAUUUAUAAUUAUAUGAAAAUCUGUGUCUUUUUGCCUAUUUUAAAAACUAGGAAGAAUUAUCUCUAAUUUCAUAAAUCUUCCUCAGGUAUUCAUUACAGUUGCCUUUAUCAUUUGACUUAUAACCAUUUAGAUCAUUAUGAUCACAAGUAAAAGCAGAGAACUGAUUGCCUAAUUUAAACUACCGAGGUGUGAAUUCAAUAAACUAAAAUACCUGUUAAACAGUGUAAUAUAUGCAAUUCAUGAAUCACAAUUCUUUUAUGGUUUAAUCAGUCUGUUUUGACUGUAUAGAAAACAAUCUUUGUUUUAUUGUUCGUCUUAAGGAUGAAUAUUAUCAGAAACUGCUGUUGUUAAUGUUUAAGUCGUACGUUAACCAUUUUCUGUUUUAAAAGUAAAAGACUUUUGUUAUAUGGAGUCAUUAACUUUCAUUUAAUAAAAGCAUACAUGAAAUAGUGUA